AUGCUGCUCACUACGAACAUCAGUUCCUCACAGGGGCAGACUGACAACUCAUGGGGCCCCCGGGCAAUAGGGGAUCAUGGGGCCCCUGUGUCCUUGCCCAAACUCAAAAAAGCCUAUUGAAUAAAGGUACCAAGGGCAUCUCAUGGGGCCCUCUACUGACCCCCCCGGGCCCUUGGGCAGUGCCCGAGUUUCCAAAUGGUCAGUCCGCCCCUGGUUCCUCAUUUACACUUCAUAACUCGUUCUCUCACUUUUGCUGUGCAGCAUUUCUUAUUCGAUUGCAGCUUCCCGCACCUCACAUAUGUGAACCUAGGCUUAGUGUUGAUCUUUGUUUAAAGAGCUUCUGUAAAUCAAAAUAA